AAUCAAAAUAGGAAAAGGUUUUGACGAUUACAGAAAACCGGACCGGAUCAAAAAAGAGCUGGGGCCAUUUCCGUCUCCCUCCCUCUCUCUCUCUCUCUCUCUCUCUCUCUCCACUUGGUCGCGAUGAAUCCUCCGACACUCUCACAGGCAAAGGUUUACUACGUCUAGCAUUGAAUUUUGGGGAGUAAAGCUAUGGCAUCGAUUCGACUUGAUGCAUCUAAGCAGUACUAUGCAACCAGCAGUCUUGUAGUUGGUUAUGCUCUCUGUUCUAGCUUGCUUGCCGUGAUAAACAAAUUCGCCAUUACCAAAUUCAACUACCCAGGUCUUCUAACUGCGUUGCAGUACUUAACAUCAGCUCUAGGAGUGUGGGUUCUGGGCAAGUUGGGUUUUUUGCACCAUGAUCCUUUCGUGUAUGAUACCGCAAAGAAGUUCCUGCCCGCAGCAGUAGUGUUCUAUCUCGCAAUCUUCACCAACACCAAUCUUCUUCGCCAUGCCAAUGUGGAUACAUUCAUAGUUUUUCGAUCAUUGACGCCCCUUCUGGUUGCCAUUGCCGAUACUGCAUUUAGAAAGCAGCCGUGCCCUUCAAAGCUUACCUUUCUUUCCUUGGUCAUUAUUUUGGGCGGUGCUGUUGGAUAUGUUGCCACAGAUUCUGGUUUUACCCUCACCGCGUAUUCGUGGGCAUUUGCUUACUUGAUCACAAUUACGAGUGAGAUGGUUUAUAUUAAACACAUGGUUAUGAAUCUUGGGUUGAACACUUGGGGUUUCGUGUUCUACAACAAUUUGUUGUCUUUGAUGAUGGCUCCAUUGUUUUGGAUUGUUACGGGAGAAUAUGCUGAUGUUUUCGCUGCUGUGGGAUCAAGAUCGGAGAACUGGUUUCAGUUUGAUGCAUUUUCUGCUGUGUCGCUUUCGUGCGUGUUUGGGUUGCUCAUCAGUUUCUUUGGAUUCGCUGCCAGAAAGGCAAUCUCUGCCACGGCUUUUACUGUCACCGGUGUUGUUAAUAAGUUUUUGACUGUUCUAAUCAACGUGUUGAUUUGGGAUAAACAUGCGGGUCCCUUUGGUUUGGUUUGCCUUCUCGUCACGAUUGCAGGAGGUGUUCUUUAUCAGCAGUCGGUAACUGGAGCAGCAAGCACUGCUCCAUCACAGCGUGAUUCUGCCGCUUCUAAUCUCAUUGAUAGCGAGAAUGAUGAUAGAGUGGAGGAUGAAGAGAAGGGCAUCUCUGGCACGAUGUUCGUGUUAUCACAAUUGUAGAAAAUUUGAGACUAUAUGAAUUCUUAGGCUAAAAAUAUAUGUACUUUCCACUUUUGCAGUGUCCGUGUUCGUAUUGAUUUAUAAUUGUCCGUGUCCGUGUCCAUGUCCUGUCCUUGCUUUCUCAAGUUCAAGUUUGGAGAGAUUGGGAAGACUUUGAGAAAAUUCAAACAUGUUAGCUCUUUGCUGCUUCUUUCAGCUACUGCUGUAUUCAUUUCGUAUGGCAGAAAGUAGCAACUAAAAUUGUGGUGGUUGAUGGAUUAUUGAUAUAAAAUUAGAGCUACAAUAUGAUGGUUACUUUACUCUUU